UCGGGUGCAAAGUUUCAGCCGUCUGCAAACCGAAGCUCGUCGGCAAACGUAUCUGGUAUAAACUGGUGAUGACCGCGGUGAAUUUCACGUUAUGUUGACUGUACGUUAACUAGAAAUCGUACGCCGGAUCAAUUCCACCUGUGGUCAUCUUUAUAUUUAGCCGAGUGAUGCUGCUGCCGUCACUGGAUAAGUGAAUGAAGACGCUGUUAGCAUUGAUCGUAUUGUCUCAAGGAGCCAGCUAGCUUAACGUAAGUCGUUAGCUUGGAGUUGUGUUGAACCCGGAUAGCUAACGAUAGCUAGCUGGUGUCCUAGUGAGCUCGUUAGAAGACACAGUGAAACGUUAUUUCACUUCACUCGACGAAGAACCGUGAGGAAGGGAAAAUGGAUUGCGAGCCUAAUCGUGUCCGGCUGCUAUGCAUGCUCUCAUUGACUUUUGGGUUUUUCAUUGUGGAAGUGGUGGUAAGCCGGAUGACCGCCUCUCUAUCAAUGCUGUCGGACUCCUUUCAUAUGCUGUCCGACGUCAUCGCGCUGCUGGUUGCUCUGGUCGCGGUGCGGUUCGCCGAGAAAACCCAUGCGACUAACAAAAACACCUUUGGGUGGAUCCGGGCGGAGGUGAUGGGGGCUCUGGUCAACGCCGUCUUUCUCACGGCGCUGUGCUUCACCAUCGUCCUCGAGGCAGUCGAGCGCUUCACCGAGCCCCAUGAGAUCGAGAAACCGGAGGUGGUCAUCGGGGUCGGCGCCGCGGGGCUCCUGGUCAACCUGCUCGGACUCUGCUUGUUCCGCGGGCACGCCGGGGGAGGCCACGGGCACUCCCACGGAGGUCACUCUCAUGGAAAUAAGAACAAGAGGGGUAAAACUGGCAAGUCCCAGAAAGCUGGGAACGGGUCUUCAGGAGAGGAGACCAACAACUUGGUUGGAAAUCACAACAGCCCGGGCGAUGUGAGACCUAGGAAUGAAAUCAGCUGUAAAGAAGCCACAGAGGUGCAGAUGAAUGGCAGCACCCACUAUGAGGAGAUGGAUCAUGACCAGGAUGCGUCGUCGCAGCUCAACAUGCGCGGAGUCUUCCUGCAUGUGUUGGGUGACGCCUUGGGGUCUGUCAUUGUGGUGGUCAAUGCUGUAAUAUUUACCUUUGUGUGGAAGCCCUGCAUAGCCGGCGAGAUGUGCGUGAACCCGUGUAUCAACAGCCACAACACAGACCACCAGCAUGUGAAUCACACGCUGGUCGACCUGCUGGAAGGUCCCCAAGUGUCGGCCAUGAAGUUUGCUGGCCCCUGCUGGAUUCUCUACCUGGAUCCCACACUGUGCAUCAUCAUGGUGGGCAUCCUGCUUUAUACUACCUACCCGCUGCUCAAAGAGUCUGCUCUCAUCCUGCUGCAGACCGUGCCCAAGCAGAUCAACAUGCACCGGCUCAACGAGCGGCUGCUGAGCCUGGACGGUGUCCUGGCCAUCCACGAGCUGCACAUAUGGCAGCUGGCCGGCAGUCGCAUCAUCGCCACGGCGCACAUCAAGUGCCAUGACCCCACAUCUUACAUGGACGUGGCCAAGCGCAUUAAAGAUUUCUUCCACGACGAGGGCAUCCACGCCACCACCAUCCAGCCCGAGUUUGUCACAUUCAACUCGGAGUCUCGAGACUCCCUCUGUGAGCUCUCCUGUCGGACUCAGUGUGCUCCCAAGCUGUGCUGCGGCUCUGCGGACAAACAGAACCCAGAUAAGAGGGCUAGCAGUGACUGCAAGGCUGUUGGCGCUUCAGCCCUGGAGGUGAUCAGUGAGACCCCAGAGCAGGCUGCAGUCAUUCAAGUGCGCCCUCAGUCAGAGGCCGAGGUUACCAUCAGUAGAGAGGUGGAGUCGUCUCUGUGAGAUGGAGGAGAUAGUGAGAAACUAGAAAACCACCACAGGUCUUCAUCAAGGAAAUAAUUUUCCAUAGCCUUUUAUUUUGUCAUCGCCCCUACUAUGGUUGAAAAAUCCUCCCCAAAAACCCUCUGUCUUCAUGCCUUUGAGCCAUUUCUCUUCAUCCUUCCUCUCUCUGUGUGUUCCUGUUUCCACUCCCUCCCGGCCUCUCCUCUGCCGCUCGGCCCACUCUCUUGUUGUCUGUUGCCCUGGCAGUAUGGUGGCGAUGCAUGUUGGGGUUCACUGACCUUAUCUCCUCCAGGACUGGAGCGAGGUCUGCAUGAGUGUCCCUCAUUAGCACCGUGUUGUGAUUCGUCAUCUCGUCCCACAGUGUUUCUGUGCCAAAGCUUCUUACUGCAGGAAUGAAGGGAUCUGAGAGAAGUCCUCUCCUCCAGAAGGACGCACACACACAACACAUGCAAGUCGGACACACACAUAACUAGGUUAUUAUUAAACUAGGUUUAGCUUAUGGACCUGUUGGCAAAGAAUCUACCUGUUUUGCUUUUUGCGUAGGCUUUGAGCAGAUCUAUUUUCUUACCCUCUGGCCCCAAAUGGAGGUGUAUUGUAUUGCAUACUAAUUUAAGUAUUUAAGUUAUUAGAAAUUAUCUAUUUCUCUCCGUAGAUGCUGUUUGUAAUAUUUAGUUUGGACGAUUUUUGCAAUUUUUCUGUUGUGACUUUUUUUGACAGACCAUCUAUGCUAUAGUCAGUUUUUCAAAUGUGAUUUACAAUGAUUUUGUUUCUCAAGACUUUCCUCUGGCUUUGACUCACUUAAUUGCAGUCAUUAGUUGGAUACAAAAGCGGUAUCAACACCUCUCACCUUGCCUUUUAAAUACAAGAAACCGCUGUGGUAUAGCACUAAGUAUAGUAGAUGUAAUGGAAUUAGAUGUUCAUUCACAAAUUUGAUGCCUUGCAAGCCAGAGGGUUAGGUUUGUAGUGAAGAAAAGAGUACUGUAUGCCAUUAAUGAAACACUAUUCUCUGUAUGAAUCUGUACUAGAAAGCUUUCUGAUGACGGCUGUUGAUUUUUCUUUAAAAUCCUCGUGAAUGUUUUUGGGACCUUGUCACAAUCCAUGCUGAGGGAGUUUUUGUAUUUCCAGGAUGUUCUACUAUGUUUGCAUGACCAAACUGACACCUGGUGUUUGAUUUUUGGGAGCCUCACUAAGCUCCGUUUGCUGCUUACCAGUACCCGCUGGUAUCGCCCAAAUUUACUCAUAACUGUGUAGGGAAUUACUCAUCCUUAAGCUUUUCUGUCCUUUGCUUUGGACAGCUGAGCCGUCUGUUUUUGCUGAAUUAAAGUCCAUAUGGUGGCCUUGGAAAUUUUAUGAAUAUUCACCACAUAUAUAAUUUAAAGGUGGUCCAUCGAUGCGUUUCUGAAUUCCACUCCCAAUUUAAUGUGUAUGCAAUAUAGAACUAUGUGCUGGGAAAUGUAUUUUGAUCCGUUCCUUCAUUUGUAAUGUUCGGUCACAUAUAUUCUGUGUCUUUUAAGACUUGCGCUCUGUGCAAAAUAAAAACAAGAGUGUUUUUUUUAAUUUUAGAUAUGACGUGUCAAAUGAUGUGUUUUUGAUAUAUUGUAUAUCUACAGUAACUGUCCAAUGUGUCAUUGUGAAAUAAAACAAAUAUGGCUGUUCGGUACAGUUGGUGAACCCAAA